CCCUGCAUCGGCAGGCGGACUCUCAACCACUGCGCCACCAGGGAAGCCCAGACAUAAGGAUUUUAGACCAGAGAAGAAAUGAGUAAAAACAGGGACGGACGUUCCAGCCAGCCUGCUGAGGCCAAUAGGAAUACCCAGAGUAUGAGUGGCCCAUCAGACAUGCCCUCCAUGCCCUAUGGCCAGAUGAGGGACCAGGCCCUCGGAAACCGUAGCAUCCACACCCAGCUGAUGGAGAUGGUGCUGUUCUUGCGGCAGACGGUGGAGGAUAACAUCACGCAGCUAAUGACCAGGCACCAGCAGCAGGACCUGGGGCUGGAGAAGCAGAGGCACAAUCAGGCCGUCAGGGACCAGGAGGCCUUCCUGGGUCACUUAAUGUUCCAGAUGCUCCACUACCUGCAGUCUGGGGCCACAGGUGACCAGAGCUUCCAACUGCCUGACGCUUCCAUGGACUCUAGGGUCGAUGUCGGAGGUGGGCAGCAGGCCCAAUCAUCCAGGCAGAUUUGCCAGACGUUUUACCAAUGGAGUGAUUUUGAAGAUACACUUAUCAGCUAUGACCUGUCCAACCGUGGGAUUGACAUCUCUGCCUUAUACCACUCCAGCUUCCAGGACUACACCUACCAAGGAAACAAAUACCACAAGGACGAGAACACCCUGGGCUACAUCAACCUUGGUACCAGUGAGAAGAAGAUCUGUAUUGAUCUGCUGGCUGAAAAGUUGACUCGGACUGACAUGCUGUACAUUGAUGAAGACCUACUGCAGUAUCCUGAUUGGAGAGGGCAACCAUUGUGGUUGUUCUAAACGGCUGCUCCUCUGUCUUCUCCGCACUAGCCAUGGUUCUGUGUGACCCAGGUGGUAAGUCAGUGGGCUCUGCGUUCCCUCAGGGAAAUAGCAGCAUGUGGGCAUGAGUGCAUGGGCACUGGGCCUUGGGGGAGAAGAGCAGCUUGACUGAAGGCCUUUCCCCUAAAGAACUGGGGUGCUUCCUGCACUGGUUAGAACGUCUUCCUACUAUUCGUGCUGGGGUGAGGGAUUUGGGUUCCCAUUUAAUAUGGACAUGUGACAGUCCUCAAGGAGGUCUGCCCCAGGGAUGGUGACAACGAGAGCCAACUCAUUACAGUAUUAGUUGGACUUUUGGUCUCAGCUCCAAUCCAGACAGCCCUAGUAAACUAGACAAUAUAGAUGCUCUAUCUCCUCAAAAAACAAACAAAAACACCAAAAUCAAAAACUGAGUU